CGUUAGCAUCAUCAUCACCUUGUCCGUUGUUCUCUUUUAACUCUUCUUGUAUCAGAGGUCUCUGUUUCGAGCUCGUACCGACUAGAUCGGAUCUUUUCUCUCCCUCACAAAACCCCCCCUUUCCCAACGCCACUUGUCCCUGACAUUCAUCAUCAAACACCAAACCCAUCUCAAACAAAACAAACCCCCCCGAAAAAAAUCAAAAAUUCCAUACCUUUGCCUACCCAAUUUUCUCUCAGAAAACCAAAAGAAAAUUUCAUGAAAUCAAUCCCAACCUCAUUGAUUCCAUCAAUUGGUCGAUAUUCUUUGGUGGGUCGGUGUUAAUGGGCAAUGUAACGUCGAGUGUGGCUGCGAAAUUCGCCUUCUUUCCACCUGACCCACCAACGUACGAUGUUCAAAGAGACGAUGAUGGGAAGCUCGAAUUCACCGGACUCUCCGCCGCCGACAAGAACGUUGAUGUCCAUUUGCUAGAUACCAAGGGGGGCAACAAGGUUGUCGCCACCUUCUGGCGCCACCCUUCUGGGCGCUUCACGCUUCUCUACUCUCAUGGCAACGCCGCUGAUUUGGGUCAGAUGAAAGAGCUUUUCAUUGAGCUCAGAGCUCACCUCCGUGUCAAUAUCAUGAGUUAUGAUUAUUCGGGCUAUGGAGCAUCCACGGGUAAGCCAUCUGAGUUCAACACAUACUAUGACAUAGAGGCGGUCUACAAUUGUUUGAAGGAUGAAUACGGAAUUAAACAGGAGAGUGUGAUUUUGUAUGGCCAAUCUGUCGGAAGCGGGCCUACACUACACUUAGCUGCUCGUUUACAGAGGCUGAGAGGUGUUGUUCUUCAUAGUGCCAUCUUAUCGGGCAUACGAGUUUUAUAUCCUGUCAAAAUGACAUUCUGGUUUGACAUUUUCAAAAAUAUAGACAAAAUACGGAAUGUCAGCUGUCCAGUUCUAGUUAUACAUGGAACAAACGACGACAUUGUUGACUUGUCCCAUGGUAAGCGAUUGUGGGAACUUGCCAAGGAAAAAUAUGAUCCGUUGUGGGUGAAGGGAGGCGGUCAUUGUAACCUUGAAACUUAUCCCGAGUACAUUAAACACUUGCGCAAGUUCGUGAACGCGAUGGAGAAACUCCCUUCCAAUAAAGAAAGCAAGCCACGCCUUGCUGCCAACGAUAGUAUGUCAGAAUUCAAACCCAACAAGUGCUUAAGAUUCGGGAGAAGAUGACUCGAUCUUUUUUGUUACUUUUCCCACUCAAGUAGUGAUCAGAGUGGCUAAUUUUUCUUGCAAGGAGUGCCAUAUAUGGGAGAAAAAAGGUGUGCCUUCUUGCUUGCUUGAUCAACAGCAUUUGCCCGCCAAGAUAAUCUGGCUCUGUACGUUUAUGACUUGUAUAUUUUAGCUGUUUGAUCCGGAUCCUGCUCAAUCAACCAUUUUUGAAGUGGUGACUCCUCUAGUUACCCCUUACCGUUCAAGCGAAAGUGUGUUCUUUAUUUGCCAGAAAGUUUAAGAUUAUCGUGCCACUUGAUCUGAAUUCCAUGUAAAUUUGACAAAUUCAAGGUCCAUGUAACAAUAUCAAUGGUUUCAGAAGAAAUGAGAGAGAGAAAAUCAUAGGCGGCAGAGUUCAUCUGUAAUUAUUUUUUUUCCCACUAGCAUUGUGGUCAUUGGAAAAUAUGAUAUCCAAUUGUCUUAAAUUUAUUAGCCUUAAUACUCAA